AUGUUCAUCCACUUCGCAAAACUUACGAGCGGUUGUUUUCUCCUGUCAUCAUUGGUGCAAGCCACCGUGAGUCCUGGCGCACUCGAAACGAUUUCUGCAGCAGUUGAUGCCAACAGUGUUGCCGCUUUCUGGAGUCCGCUGGCUGAAGCUGGUGGCUAUACUUGGUUGGCAUACAACCGAAACCCAAUGAGUGGGAAUGACAAUGGACAUCACAACGUCAUGGUCGUCAGGCGUGGGAUUGACAACGGUGUUAUUUCACGAGACUGUCUGAAAGCAUCAGAUGGGCAGUGUGCGACGUUCCUCGAUGAUGCUGGACACAACACACCUUCUCUCGCAGUCGACGGAGAUGGCUAUGUUCAUGUCUUCGCAGCUAUGCACAACGAGGCAUGGCAUUACUAUCGAUCGUCACAGCCGUAUUCACCCUCGCAGAUGACCAGUCAUUCCUCUGAAAUGCCAGAUUCAAGUCUCCUUAUUACAUAUCCUGUCAUCAAGAGUGAUUCGUCUGGUAACCUCUGGCUCAUCAUUCGUGGGGACAAUGGCAACGGUGUGGCGCGCGGUGGUUACCUAUACAAAUACACUCUUUCCUCGAAGACUUGGGCCCGCAUCGCACGCUUUGCUUAUGACGCCGACACAGCCGUGUACCCAGAUGACAUUACCUUCGACGCGAGUGGCAAUCUGCACAUUAUCUUCGAAUGGAGCAAGAAUCCUGCGAGCGCUAUCCGUCACCAAGGGUCAUAUCUGCGCUAUUCUCCAACCACAAAUACUUGGAGCGUGGCCAACGGCGACACAGUCUCGGUCCCAGUCACAAGAUCAACGCCACAAUUGGUGUUCCAACCACUCACUGCCGGCGAACAAUAUGACACCAUCGGCGUCAACGAUACAGCUGCGCCGGCUUUCCAGUCCGCAAAGCUCGCGCUGUACGAGUCCUCAGGCAUAGUUCGUAUGCAAGCCGCUUAUCGCUACAAGGCUGCUGUGGGCGGCGUGUGGCAGGUACGCAGAGCGUACGCAACGUUUGGCGACACAGCCGGCUGGACACGCGAGAUCCUAUUCAGCGACACAGAUACAUCUGCUGCGAUUGAUAUCACACACGACGGCACAAGUGUGCGUGUCUACUACUGCAAAAUCCAAGAUAGUGUGUAUGUGCGAGAGAAGGUCGGGAAUGCUGCGUGGACCGAGACAGCCUUGGCGGCAGGAAAGGGGGUGCAGCGUCUGAGCGUUAGUAUGAGGGCGGAUGGGACUGAUGUUACGUAUCUCGUGGCACCCAAGAAUGUAAACUCAACGACGGGUAGCUUGUAUCUACAGCUCGUUGGUGGUCGUUGA